AUGGUUGCUAUCAAGAAGUCAGAAAAGAACAAGCAGAAACCAGAACCAGAAAGCGAAGACCAAAUAGGCCUUGGAUGGCAAACUGAAGAGCUUGUUAUACAAAUAGAAGACGAACCGGGUGACGCGAAGGGCAAAAAUAAUGAUGAAAAGGAAAAAAAAGAAAAUCCAACUUGCGAUGCGGAGCUUUCUGAUAAACUAAGGCGCGAACACAUUAUAAAUAUGUUAACAGAAAAACAACCGGAAGCUGUAAUUGGCGGCGAAAAGCGAUACAUUGUAGCAUAUUUUGAAAAAGCGCCGCCGACGGGCGAGCAAUUUCACUAUGAAAAUGGUAACAGGAACGAUUUUGUCCGUCUAGUCUUCCUUAUAGUGUUCUGCAUGUUAGUCGUCACCGCAGCAUUUACUUUUGCUACGUAUAAUCUGAAAGCAGUACAGAAGGCGUUUCGUACCUUGCCUUUUUUAAUUGCCUUCAUUGUUUGUUGUGUGAUGACUAUAGUUUUGGAAUACAUAUUUUGUCUGUCUUCCUGCUCUCGAAGUGUGCCGUGUAACUAUAUAUUGCUUGUUAUAGCGAGAUGGCAACCCUAA